UGUUUUUCUUCACUAUGAAAUAUUUAAAAUCAUUAAAUUUGCUGGUAUUUGCAUUGUUUGCAUUAAACCUUAGCGAAUCAGCUAACAUUUUAGCUGUAUUUCCUUUUCCGGGACCAUCACAGUACUUGGUAGUACAGCCAUAUUUGAAAACUUUGGCGGCAAGAGGUCAUGAAUUGACCGUGAUUAAUGCAUUUCCACAAAAAACACCCAUACGAAAUUAUAGAGAUAUUUUUGUACCAGAAGUUUUGCAGUAUGUGGGAGAUGUUUUCAGCUACAUAAAAAUGAAGCAAAGUAAAUUUGCCGAAAUAAUGGGAUUUUCCUGGUACUACUCGACUAUUGUUAAAGAUGUCUUAAAUAAUGAAAAUGUUUGUAAACUACUAGAUUCCCCAGAGGAAAAAUUCGAUUUAGUCAUUAUAGAAACUCUACAAACAGAUGCUUUGUACGGUAUUGCUGAACACUUUGGAGCUCCCAUUAUUGGCUAUUCAUCUUAUGGCACUGAUCCUUAUAUAGACUCUUUAGUAAACAAUAUAUCGCCCAUGGCGUAUACUCCCCUACUCACGGGAACCUUUACCGAACGCAUGAAUUUUAAAGAACGUUUAGAAAACAUGUGGAGUCAUAUACUCAUGAUGGUGCAUCGUGAGUUAAUGCAUAAACCUUUGCAUGAUAGAAUCUAUAAGCAAUACUUUCCCAAAGCCCGCAGAUCAUUGGAAGAAUUAAGGCAAAAUAUUUCGCUGAUAUUAUUAAAUCAACAUUUUAGUUUAAGUUUUCCUAGAUCAUACGUCACCAACAUGAUAGAAGUAGGUGGUUUUCAUAUACAGCAUAAGCCGCAAAAUCUAACCAAAGACAUAGAAGAUUUUAUAAACUCCUCCUCACAAGAUGUAAUUUAUUUCUCCAUGGGUUCUAAUAUUAAAAGUGAACACUUUCCGGCAGCAAUACGUAAAAUACUAUUGGAAACAUUUGCCUCUCUACCCUAUAAGUUUCUGUGGAAAUUUGAAAAUCCUGCUCUUAUGGAAAAUCGUCCUACAAAUGUUUUCAUCAGCAAUUGGUUUCCUCAGGCAGAUAUUUUGGCUCAUCCACGUGUAAAACUAUUUAUAACACAUGGUGGUCUAUUGAGUUUAAUAGAAUCUAUUUACCAUAGUAAACCUGUUUUGGGUAUUCCGGUAUUCUAUGAUCAAUUUGUUAAUGUGCUUAGAUCGCAGCAAUAUGGAUUUGGUCUUUCUGUUAAAUACCAGGAACUUAAUCAUACUAUUUUGAAAGAGAAUAUUAAAGAAAUUAUGGAAAAUCCUAGUUAUAUGGAGAAGGCUAAAGAAAUGUCCCAACGGUAUCGUGAUCAAGCCAUAGAUCCUUUGGAGAAGGCCAUUUAUUGGACAGAAUAUGUUUUAAGACAUCGUGGUGCUGGAUUUCUAAGAUCGUCUGCCCAAUAUUUAAAUUAUUGGCAAAGAAAUAGUUGGGAUUGUGCUGCAGUAUAUUUGGUAGGCUUUUUGGUAAUUGUGUCUUUGGUAUUGUUUAUUUUUGUUAAAUUACUUAUGUGUUGUUGGCAAUUUAAAUACAAUUCAGGAAAUAAAGUUAAAGUUAAUUAAUUUAUGAUAUCUCUGA